AUGGCGGCAGCCGCUGGUCAGGUCGCCGGCACCGUCGUCAAAAUCGCUAUCAGUUUGAUCGAAAAGGAACAGGCGGAUCAAGCCGCCGAAGAGCGCCAGAAUCAGAUCAUGAGCGCGUUGAACAACAUACAAGACACGCUCCAGUCCAUCCAGGUUCAACAAGAGCAGCUGACGGAUAUCGGGAUGCUGUUCUCUUCUCUCGCAAUAAUUGAGACCUGGCAGAAUGACUAUCCUAUUGCCGUCCAAAACAAUGAUACCAACGGGAUUAAGAGCUAUCUUCAUGCCUUUAAUAGCAAGGGUGCAGAAGGUGCUGCGUAUAAUGUCCAGAAUAUCUUCAAUGUUUUAACUGGGCAGGGUCAAGCAGCUUCUGGACAGUCUGGAGCAACCCCCCUCGUUCAAAUAUGGCAUGAUCAAAGCUAUGACAAGAUGUACGCCCAGUAUGCGUUCACUCUUAAGGACUACCUUGAUGACUUUGACAAGGCCCUCGGGUGGGCGUUCGGCAUGGCGGGUUUUGCUUUGGCAUGCCAGAUAAUCGCGUUACAAGACCUUGCAGACAAGACUACAACACACGAAGAGAUCCAAAGUGAAGUCGAGCAACUCACGAGUCAGUUUACUGCCAAUGUAAACGAGGUCUUCAAGACGGCGUAUAAACAAUUUCCGGCAUUUGUCAAGAAAUUCAAGCUCAGCUACCAAGACGAAGGGUCGAACCUGACCAAUUGGUUCAGAAUGUGGCGUAAUAAUUCCCACGUCAAGAACUACACGCCUAUAGCAGGCGGGCCACACGUGAUAAAUCCAUUGGAUGAGUUCCCCAACUCGGGCUACCCUGCGCAGGCUUUCGAGGUCUACCCAGCGCCAUGUGACGACGCUGAAGGUAUUUACCCUGAGGUAGAGUUCAGAUUUGACGAGACAAACCACCCGCUGAAGGGUCUCGCGACAAUUUACUCGCGAGAUGGCGAUCUACCCCUCCUGACGUACCUUAUUGAAGGGCGGAUGGGCUUGACGACGACGACGGAUCCAAGUUAUUGGGAUCCAGGGGUUGACACCAACGGAAUUCUAAACAUCCCCUUCAAUGUAUUGCCUGUGAGCACCAAGCAUUCGCACACUGAUGCUCCUGCAUUCGUCCUUUUAUUAAGUAAUGGUGUUAAUACCCAAGGAUGGCCUUGGGAUAUCGGGAGCGCUUCUCCUCUGGAGUAUUGGAUCUUACGCGACGAUGGAACUAUACAGUUGCCAUGGGUGAGAACAGAUGGUGGUCCGGCGCUGCCUCCUGGCCAGGCGCCAACGGCGCCUGGUCCUAAUCCAGUAGAUGAUGGGCAACAGCAAUCGCAGUGGAGACCUGAUCAAUUUGUUAGUUAA